CACCACAAUGAUUAUAUUGUUUUAUUGUAACUAAAUCAUUUUAGAUAACCAAAUACAGGGGCAAAGUUACUAUCCUUGGUGCUGAAAUAGUAGAACCAGAGUCAGAAGUCAGAGUGUUAAGUCCGAGUGUUGAGGCUAAGUGUUAGGCUAUGGGUUGUUACUUGCUUCUGUUUUUUUUAGUUCGUUUUAUUUAUUUUUUAGAGGUUAAAUUCCCAGUGGUCUGGAUCUUCCCACUGUCACAUGCAAGUACUGAACAACUUACCCAACAACUUAACCUAACCCAUAUAACAGCCGCCCAAUUAUGGCAAGACAGACUGUAGUCUACCAGUCCAAAGUAGUGAAUGGAGUUUGUUUACGUAUUUUUGCUGAUACAGUAAGUAGUUAUAGUUUGAUGAUGUAAACUUGCCAUUCUGGCCGCUAUUACGCCGCCUAUCAACGAUGUAAAACUGGAAGCCGAAGUUGCUGGUGAUCUCGUGUCUCCACGAGAGGGCAGACUAAUACCGCUAACGAGGGCAUACCACUUGACCAUCAGUCUCGAGUCUAUACAUCACAUAUACAACUCCACUCUUUUAUACUCAAACAAAUAGUGUUUCUAUGAGUUAUGUGUCGGCAAAAUUAUACCAUGAGAGAUCAAAUGCUGACGUAGGGAAUUAUACAGAAACUAUCGAGGCGGGAGUUUGAGUGCAACUUUGAAAAUGACAGGGAAAAAAUAUGACGAGGCUCUGGAUGAAAUUAGCAUAUUCGUGUGGAUAGUUUAGAUAUCAGAUAGCAUAUCCGUUGUUGGCCAAACUGAGAGUUAAACAUUUUAUAGGGCAGCAGUGGGUUAAUCCUCUACUCUAAAAAAAACAAUCUAAUAUUUUACUAUACGGAUGUUUAUUUGUAUUUUGUGGAGUUUUCACCUACUUUGGUCCUCAACAUAUACUUUAGCAUUGGAGUCAGAGAGUAGCGAGGGGAAAUUAAGCUGAGUUUCAAGAGUCAAUCAAGCCUUGGCUACCUCCUUUUUCUGCUUCGGAGGAAACGGUAAGUUGUUGCCUUGACUAGUCGGAGGCUGUAUUGAGGAGGGCGGGUUAAAGUUGGCGUGGUGGUCUUCAUGCCCUCCGAGAACACUUCACUUGACGCGCAUACCUUCCUUGCACCUUCUUGCACCAAACUCUUCAUGCGUCAUUUAGCAGGCCUAUUGUAUGUUAUUUUUUAGUUUUCCUUUUCAAGACGUUUGUCAAGGAUACCCCCAGCAUGAGUGCAUAUCGUUUCACAAUUAUCUUGGUGGUUUUUACCUGUUGUAUGGACUUUACGCGUCUUCAAGCUAUGUCUGUGUUCUUACCCUCGGCUCCAAUUAGCAAAGUUGGUAAGAUCUUUGACGAGCAAAAAGCAACAAAAAAGAUGAAGGAUAUCUACACAUCCUCACCGUUGUCAUCACCAAACGGUAAAAAUUCUCAGCGGGGCCGAGGAUUCAAAGACUCCAUAAAGCCACACGAAUACAUGCUCUCCAUCUACAAAACAUUCUCAGCAGCGGAAAAGUUGGGACUGAAUGCAAGUUUUUUUCGAGCAUCCAAGGCUGCGAACACUAUUACAAGUUUUGUGGAUGUUGGACAAGAUGACUUGCUGACCUCCCCUCUCCAGAGACAGAAGUACCUCUUUGACAUCUCGACCCUCUCUGAUAAAGUGGAGCUGCUGGGUGCUGAGCUGAGGAUUUACACAAAAGUUUCUGGAAUCUUCCGAGUGUCUGAGAUGGUUCCGGUGGACAUUCAGAUUCUGUCCUGUCAGUCGCAGCACGUGCUGGACUCCAAAACCCUGGACUUGGGGGACUCUGUGAAGCCGCACUGGGAAGUUUUGGACAUAUGGGAGAUCUUCCAGGAGUGGCAGAAGCACCUGCAGGGACGACACUUCUGCCUGGAGCUCCGGGCCAUGGUGGACAACCCUGAGAGGGAGGUGGACUUGCAGCAGAUGGGCUUCCGCAGACACAACCGUCCCCACCUGAAGAAGGCCAUCCUGGUGGUCUUCACCCGGUCCAAGAAGCGUCAGAGCCUCUUCUACGAGAAGAGGGACAAGAUCAAAAGGCACGUGGUGUGGGAGAAGAAGAACUCGGCCAAAGAGCACAGCUCACAGCACCAACAACAGCAGCAGCAGCAGCAGCAGCACCCUGGUCGCCACGGCAAACGCCACGGCCGGCGCUCGCGGUCGCGCUGCAGCAAGAAGCCGCUGCCCGUGAACUUCCGCGAGCUGGGCUGGGACGACUGGAUCAUCGCGCCGCUGGACUACGAGGCGUACCACUGCGAGGGCGUGUGCGACUUCCCGCUGCGCUCGCACCUCGAGCCCACCAACCACGCCAUCAUCCAGACGCUCAUGAACUCCAUGCGCCCGGGCACCAUGCCGCCCAGCUGCUGCGUGCCCUCCCGCCUCAGCCCCAUCAGCAUCCUCUACAUCGACGCCGGCAACAACGUGGUCUACAAGCAGUACGAGGACAUGGUGGUGGAGGCCUGUGGGUGCAGGUAGCCACUCUGAUGAGACUGAUUAAUCAUGGCGAGCGCUGUGAGGAAAGAGUCAGCACUCAGCCAAGGACAGGAGGACGAGACGAGGAAGGAGAGAGAGAGA